UUUCUGUUCGUGACAGUUCGGUUCUGGAUGUUGGAGGAAACGUCCUCGAGUGACAGAGACUCUCAGCGAAUAGACGAUCUUUGAGAGGGUGCGUGUUUGUGUGCGUGAGGGUGCCGUGCGCGCGAUAUCUCAGACGUCACUGUCUGCUGUCGGGCCGGUUCAGUUUGGAUGAGACUUUACAGUUCUGAGAAUUUGAACCGAACUAAGUUGGUCUCCCGGCCCGGUGAACCCGGGAGCUCACGGUCCGGUCCGAACCCGGAGACUGUCGUUUGGGUCGAACCCGGCAAACAGGACCGGGACAGAGAGUCGGUGAUCGGGAGAGCAGCUAACGUUACGCCCGUGACGUCGGUCCCCAGCCUGCCGCCUCCCGGUUCGUGUGUGGGACGUUUGUUUGGACUUUUCACGGGACCGACCGUCCGGACCUUGACCCAGGACUCGGUAGGAGUGUGAUGAUGGAGAGGAAGAAGACGGACUGUCCGGCUCUGCCGCCCGGCUGGAAGAAAGAAGAAGUGAUCAGGAAGUCCGGACUGAGCGCUGGAAAGAGCGACGUCUACUAUUACAGUCCUACAGGGAAGAAGUUCAGGAGUAAGCCUCAGCUGGCCCGUUACCUUGGAAACGCAGUGGACCUGGCAUGUUUCGAUUUCCGCACUGGGAAGAUGAUGCCUGGAAAAUUGCAGAAGAACAAGCAGAGGCUCCGUCACGAAACCCUGAGCCUGGCUAAGGGGGGGAAGCCAGACCUGAACACAGCUCUGCCUAUCAGACAGACGGCUUCCAUCUUUAAACAGCCUGUUACCAAGGUUACAAGCCACCCCGGCAACAAGGUGAAGACGGACCUGCAGAGAGCUGUAGAGCAGCCCAGACAGCUGUUUUGGGAGAAGCGGUUAAAAGGCCUGCGCUCUUCAGACGUCACAGAGCAGGUCCUGCGCACCAUGGAGCUGCCCAAAGGACUGCAGGGCGUUGGUCCAGACCCGAGCGACGACACUCUCCUUUCGGCCAUUGCCAGCGCUCUGCACAUGAGCUCUGCUCCAAUCACAGGACAGACGUCUGUGGCUGCAGAGAAGAACCCGGCAAUCUGGCUCAACAUGUCCCAGCCGCUCUGCAAGACCUUUACGGUCACAGAUGAACAAAUCAGGGAGCAGGAAAUGAAGGUUCUGCAGGCCAGGAGGAGUCUGGAGGAGGCGCUCAUGGCUGACAGUGUGGCGCGGGCCGCUGAAAAUACUGGAGAGCUGCACUAAAGAGAGACGGCCCGGAGACGGACAGAGCUCCUCUCUUCACCAGCCUCAGGGUUAUCAUCGUCAUCUUAAUGCAGACAAUAAAUCAUAAGAAUACCACCUGCUGAAGGAAAUAUCACUGGCACUGGUUGUUGCCUCAGCGGCGAGUUGCCUCAAACGUUCUGUUGAGAAAAUCAUCUCCACAAGGACACGGCUCGGGAAAUCUGUCUGCAUUCUUUCCAGAGCAACAACAGCGACCUAAGAGCAGCAACUGUGUCACCAGCACUGAUCAAACACCAGUAAUAACAGCAACCGAUGCUGCAACUCAGGAAUGAUGUGGGCUAUGACUUUUACAAGCUCAAUGCAACCAAAGCCUUUCACCCUCUGUGUGGUUUACCAGCCAACUAUACAAAAACAAUGAUCUUUUCUUGAUUUCACAUGAGGGAUUCCCACAGUCCUCCUACUGUCUUACAUGUCACCUCUGAGAGCAGAACUCUCUAAUGCUUAAAGUCAGGUUGCAAACUGCUGGACGGCUUUUGCUAAUUCUACUAACGUUCAUUACGCUGUGUGAUGAUGUGUGUUUGUGGAGUCAGACGUCAUCAGGUUUAGGUCUUCAGGGGUUUUAAGUCAAUAAAAAAUCUGAAUUUACAUGAAUGCAAAACAAAGCAAUUUCUUAUUUAAAACAAAUUUUAUACAUUCAGUAAAUAUUUGUGUACAUUUCUUGUACUGAAGUAAAUAAAAUAUUAUAUUCACACCUGC